CUGGAAAGUGCACCUGAAUCUAUCGAGAACCGCCGGACGACGAUCAGAGAUAACAUGUGGGAAUAUCCCUGUGCCCAUUAAAGAAUGGCAAAGAGGUUGGAAUAGCAUAGCACCUACGAGGUGGCACCCAGUUCAUUAUCCGCAUUAUCUGCCGGAAAUAUAAGAAAUGCCAUCCAGUCAGAACCAGCAAUCAUCCAAGCCAAGGACCACGGACAAGGUAGCGCCGCGUUGCACGCCUAUUCGGUACCACUUAAAUCGGGCAACAAAGGCGAAACACGGACUGAACGGCAGAAAGCGGCUCCAUCUUUUGUCGGCGGCCUUUUGUAAGGAACAAAUAAACGGUGCCGGAGCAGUCCGAGCCCUGAUUGAGGUCGAGUCUUUGUUAUAUGGGGUGCGUUCGACCAGAGGCACUCGAGGGCCGGGACUAUAAAUUGGCUCGAUUCCGCAACGAGAUCGCCAUGCCUACCAAAUACCAACAAUUAUCUCACCAUUCACAUUCAGAUUUCUAUUAACAUGGCUGAAGUUACAUUUCCUGCUUAUCCGGGCCCCGAGCUCGAGGCGUACGUCUCACGGCUUCUAGAGGAAGCCGGAGUUCCCUGCUUCCUCUGGGGCGAGUCGGUUUUGCAGAUUCUCCGUGUUCCAACCGUUGAUUUUUUCUCCGCAUGGGUUGUGCCCGACAAUUGCAUCGAACAGGCGGUGCGCGCUCUUGAUGCGGCGAAGUUCCCGCCGUGUAUACAGGGUGAAGAAUGCUCUUUAUUCUGGAAACACCGAAGCCACCCUAUACCUGACCACCACUAUCACACGGACCUGACAUAUCCGGAAAUGCCAGAUCUUACGUGUGGCGUGUAUCUGUACAAGAAAUCCCGACUGUUCUGGUCCAUUCCCGAUCCCGUUAUUGGCCCGCCGGCACCCGAUGACCCGUAUGAUAUGCUCUCGUCUGACACUCGUCUUCGUGCGGGAGGUAUAGCGACCCGAGGUCGCUCUCCAGCCGGUAAAUAUCCCGUUAAAAUAAUAAUACCUGCGAGAUAUAUCGUGUGCAUGCUCUUGUUGAAGUUGCGAGACUGGGUGUCAAAGAUCACUGCUGGUCAUUGGUUCGUGGAGCUGAGCUAUCUAAUGGAGUAUGUUAUUCACAAAGAAGACAACCCGGCCUUGAGGCUUGAUGACAUCGCGGAACCCUGGAGAGAGUAUUUCAGGCAGAGGUCGGUGGACGUGCCGCUCGAUGAAACUGGGCGCUAUGACCUGAACUAUAUGGAUGAACAUGAUAUCGAUUUCGGUCACAAACAGUUUCUUCGGUUGUAUGUGAUGCUGAAGAGCAGUGGCCAGCUUCCUCUACCGGAGCCGGGUAGAGACGAGUCCUCGGGCCCUUUUCCUGUUGAGCAGGAGUUGCGCGAGAAAGGUAUCCCAUUUGACCCUAAGAUAUUCGAAUGA